AAAAUCCCAGUGAUGAUAGUGUGAAGAUAAGAGGUGGGGACAAUAAAGGUUCCUACUCACUGACUGAAUCCACCCAUUGAAAUCCCUGCGCUCUCCUCCAUUCACAGGUGGAUGUGCUCCAUAAACGAGACAAGUGUGGCAGCUGCUGAUGUAUAUAAGAGCUGCACACCCGCUCUGGACAACAACUGUUGAAGAUGUGGAUGCUGCUCUGUGUCGCCGCCUUGUUGGGGCUCCUGAGGUCAGAGGGAGUACCCACUCCAGCUGCCCAGCAGCUUCAGAACCUCCACUGUCCGCCCUGUGAAAGGAUCCACUGCUCCACCAGACGAGCCCUGAAGCUGCAGUGCAAAGGUGGUGUAACCACGGGCGUCUGCGGCUGCUGCCCAGUCUGUGCCAGGACAGAGGGCGAGACCUGUGGGGGAGCGUGGGACUACCUGGGCAAGUGUGACGAGGGACUGGUGUGUGUUUACCAGGACGAAGGUGAAGAGAAGGCAGGGAGAGAGAAGGAAGGAACCUGUAAAGCAGUUAUUGGUCCAGUGGACCCAGAGACCUGUCACCCAGAAUGCACCAGGGAAUACUGUAGGAACCAUCCCUCUGGACUCUGCUCAGCCAGACUCGUGUCGCUGGAGAAAAAGUCCUGCCAGGGCUCCUGCCAACACGUCUCCUGCUCCAGCUGCCUGCUGAUCAAACCUCCGCCAUGUCCUCACACCUGCAGCGCUUCGGACUCCACCUGUCUGCAGCGCUUUGGCAAAUGUGUGCACCAUCAUCUGAGUCAUAGCCCUGUGUGUCACAACAACCUGCAGAGUAACCCUGAAGGGCAUUUCCUGUGUUUGGUCCCAGACUGUCAGAGUACAUCAAAGUGAAGGAAUCCAGUGGAACUUCUCUGUCGGCUCAUGUAGCAAAAUAAAACGAGGCAGCUACCCGUUCUAUGUCUGUCACAUUUUUAUGUCAUGUAAACCUCCAUUAAUCGUCAUGUUAAAUUAUGUGUUUUACAAAUAAAGGUUUUAUAUCAAGA